UACGUAUAAUUUUUCCACGAGCUCCGCUUCGAGCGCCUCGGUCCGCUGCAACCCGAAAAGCGCACUUGCCGAGUUGACGUUUACUGAGCUGGAUAGAUCAUCGCGACGUUCUCCGCUCUCUCUCUCGCUCCCACUCUUCCCCUCGAGCCUUCUCCUCUCCGUUCCUUUCUCUCCCAGCGUAAGAGAGGGGAGACCUGAGAAAACGCUGUUGUUUGGUGCUGCUCUGAGCAUGUCUGAUUCUUGAUUUCUUCUCUCAGUCGGGAUGGAAAAGUACGAGGUGCUGAGAGACAUUGGCUCGGGUAAUUUUGGCGUCGCCAAGCUGGUUCGGGAUGUGCGGACCAAGGAGCUCUUCGCCAUCAAGCUCAUCGAGAGAGGGCAAAAGAUUGAUGAGCAUGUUCAGAGGGAAAUCAUGAACCACAGAUCAUUGAAGCACCCGAAUAUAGUUAGAUUUAAGGAGGUCUUGUUAACUCCAACACAUCUAGCCAUAGUCAUGGAAUAUGCUGCUGGGGGAGAGCUUUUUGAGAGGAUAUGCAAUGCUGGAAGAUUUAGUGAAGACGAGGCAAGAUUCUUCUUUCAGCAAUUAAUAUCAGGGGUCAGCUAUUGCCACUGCAUGCAAAUUUGCCAUAGAGAUCUCAAGCUAGAAAACACUCUCCUGGAUGGUAGCACUGCACCGCGGCUUAAAAUAUGUGAUUUCGGUUAUUCAAAGUCUUCAGUCUUACAUUCUCAACCAAAGUCCACAGUUGGAACACCAGCUUACAUAGCACCUGAAGUGUUGUCUAGAAAGGAAUAUGAUGGGAAAAUUGCUGAUGUUUGGUCGUGCGGAGUAACAUUGUAUGUAAUGCUGGUUGGAGCUUAUCCCUUUGAGGACCCGGACGAUCCAAAGAACUUUAGAAAGACACUUGCGCGGAUACUUAGUGUGCAAUACUCGAUACCAGAUUAUGUUCGAAUCUCAAUGGAAUGCCGACAUCUUUUAUCUCAGAUAUUUGUAGCCAAUCCUGAACAGAGGUUCACUGUUCCAGAGAUCAAAACCCAUCCCUGGUUUCUGAAGAACCUACCGAUAGAGCUCUCAGACGGGUAUCAAAACAGACCCGCGAGCAUUGAUGCACUCGCAGAGACAACCCAAAGCAUUGAAGAAGUCAUGGCUAUAGUUCAAGAAGCAAGAAAGCCCGGAGAGGCUACUAAACCUGGCCACGGGCACUUCAUCGGAGACGGCAGUUUGGAUCUUGAUGACAUUGACGGAGACAUGGACCUUGAUGACAUUGAAACGAGUGGUGAUUUUGUAUGUGCUCUAUGAGUGGGAGGGAGUGUGAUACAGAACAACAACUGGUUUGCCUUUAAUUUUUCUUGUUUUUUGUCCUCCCUUUUCGGAGUAUCUACGGCUUGUGGUGAGUUAAGUAGUGCUUGGUGUUUGUUGCUAUUGAUGUUUUGCAUGGAUCAUAAAAUAUGGCUACCCUUUCCCUGUAUAUGAACUCUUUUUAAUAUCUUACAGACUUCAUGGAUGAAAUUGCUGA